CGAUUCCAGAGGGUGGCACAAGUGCAAGUGAACAGUUCCUCAAGUAAUUUCUCACUGUAUUUUCCUAGUUGAAUUUUUUUUUGCCGUGAUAAAAGGGCUCAAUGCAGUGUGAAAAUGUGUGAAAACUCACCAGAAGUGAUAAUAUUCAGUUACUAUAACGUGAUUGUGACGGAAAAAUGGUGAAUAAAUGUGAAUAAUGCAACCGUUGACGGGAAAAAUGACAGCGUCUUCGGAAUCCUGCAACGGCGACUACCCCAAAAUGGAGGAGCCUCCCUCAAAGGACACCCUCAAUAUUCGAGAGGAGUCACAAAUCCCUGAGAAUCACCCCAGAAGAAUGAUGUGCAUCCAGGAGGAGCUUGGGCAGAUGGGCAUUACAGAUCAGAAUGAUUUGCCCUAUAAGCCAGGACUUGACGAUCGAGAUGCGUCGGAUGAGCAUUGUCGGGGGAAUAUGGGUGGUUGUGGGGGUGUGGGUGGUAGUGGAAAUCCAUGGGUGCCGGGUGGCAGUGGCUUCGGGGCGGAUGGACUAAAACCAGCUGGCUGGAUGGAUGGUCUCUUGGGGUGCAUGCGACCUGUGCUGUCGCUUAUAGGAAAGGCCACAGUGGACAUGAAGGGGAAACAAACAGAGGAAUGGGAAAUUCCUUUUGAGGACAUCACCGAUCUCGAAUUUUUGGGAUCUGGAGCUCAGGGUUCUGUGUUCAGUGGCAAGUGGCGCAAUGAGAUUGUUGCCGUAAAGAAAGUGCAUGACAUCCUCGACACAGACAUCAAGCAUUUGAGAAAACUCGACCAUGAAAAUAUCAUAAAAUUCAAGGGAGUUUGCACGACGGCGCCAGUGUACUGUAUUAUAAUGGAGUUUUGCCCUUAUGGCACUCUGCAGAAUAUACUGAAGGACGAGGAAGUUGUCCCGCCAUCGAGACUCGUAUCGUGGGCCAAACAAAUCGCACUCGGCAUGCAAUAUCUCCACUCACACAAAAUUAUUCACAGAGACCUGAAAAGUCCCAAUAUUCUGAUUGGUGACAAUGAAGUGGUAAAGAUCAGCGAUUUUGGCACAUGUCGCGAGUGGAAUGAGAUCAGUACAAAGAUGAGUUUUGCAGGAACUGUUGCCUGGAUGGCACCUGAAGUGAUAAAGAGCGAACCAUGCUCAGAGAAAGUGGAUAUCUGGUCGUAUGGCAUUGUCCUGUGGGAAUUGUUAACAUGUGAAAUUCCCUACAAGGAUGUCGAUUCAUCGGCCAUUAUCUGGGGUGUUGGGAGCAAUCAGCUGCAAUUGCCCAUUCCAAAAACCUGCCCUGAAGGCUUUGCUCUUCUACUUCGGCAAUGUUGGUGCCAGAAGCCACGCAAUAGGCCCUCAUUCCGGAUCAUUCUCACUCAUUUGGAGAUUGCUGGGAAUGAGUUGAUGAAGCAGAAUGAUGCUGAAUACUUUAAAUCACAGCAAAAGUGGCGCCAGGAGAUUCAGACUCACAUGAUAGCCAACAGUACAAAUGCCCAGAAAUUUGAACAGGACCUGAUUAAGAAGCGCCAAGAGGAACUGAGGCACAUCAAGGAUAUUCGAAUGGUGUACGAGAGGAAAUUGGAGAAAACCAAUAGACUAUUCCUCGAAGUCAACAUGUUCCUACAUCAGCUGGCACAGCGAGAACGUGAGGUGCAUGAGAGGGAAAAAAUGCUUCCGGGCUACAAGAGAAAGGUUGUGAAUCCACUGAGGAAGGCCCAUGACAAGAUCUCACGCAAGAAGUGUACAAAUGCUUGUGCUACGGACGCUAUUUAUGAUCACACGAGUCCCGUUCGGGCAAAUUUGUAUGCUCAGUUGGAUGGUGCAAAUCAACCAAAAUCAGUGGCUGUGAUGCCCAAUAAGUCUCACAAGAAGAUGCGCCACCGUCGAGUGGGAUCGGGUACCAUUGCCUCACCUAAGGCUAGUCCUAAUCGCGAUAGAAGGUACCAGAGUGAACCAGAGACACGUUUUGUUCGACUUGUGGACACAGAGACGCAGACAGAUGCCAUGGACAUCAGUGAAACCGAUGGUAGUCCUAGUCCCUUCCUGUCGAUGCGAGAGGAGCAUCAGCGUACUAGGCAUGUAGCAGCUGUGGCUCCUCUUCAGUCAUCUGAGAAUAUGGUGACCACGAGAACGACGCCUGCGGGCGAACAUCAGGCUCACCAUGAGCUCACCAGUCCCAACGGGAACUCCAUGAGCACAAGUGAUAUCACGUACCAGGACGCGUGUUCGAGUCCCGAUCUCCUGGAUGACGCCAUGAAUAGCAAUGAACGCCUCGAAAUUCGCGAGUGCAGCGACGAUGACCACCUAGAGAUUCUGGGUCGAAAGGUGACACAACUGAUAACGGGUGAAAAUGGGAAUUUGAAUGCGUACAUUGAGAAGAGGGGCUUCAUCAGUGUCUCAUCGGACAGUGGUGAAGUGACGGUGUUUAGGCCAAGUGGUGUAAACACCUUCGCAAAGGGCACGGGAACUACAGCCGGCGCCAAGGAUCUCAACAACGGCGACUCACGCGACGAACGCAGCAACGACAGCUGGACUGAUGAGGAGGGCGAAGAACCGUCUGACUACAAUUAUUCAUUGCGCAGGAGAAGUUUGGCGCGUCUCCCAAUAAGUCGUGGCAUGAGAUGUCGACGCUACAAGUACCCCACUUUGAGUCCAACCACGGCAGUCACCGUGAAUCCCAUCAACGUCCCUCCGGUCUCUGCCACAGUUCUGUCAGACGAGGAAAACACUUCUGAGUGUAGUCCACCACCAUCGAGUCAACAUUCGACCUUGGAUAGCAAUGCUGAGGCCCCAAAAGCCACCCCCAGAAGUGCUAAACGUGACCAUGUGGUGCGGAAUAGAAGUACCAGCACGAGUAGCUCUUCUUCAUCUGACUCCGAAUCCGAUCCCGAAGAUACUGAGCAAAUUGCCCGAAAUCCCCAAUCGACUCAGGUAUAGACACUUCGCCAGAUUGUAUUAGACGUAUUUUGUGUCUUUGGCAAUUUCUCUUUUCUCUCCUCAAAAUUAAACUUCUUUGUGUUUUCCACAAAAAGAAAAAAACGUGUGUUCAGGCAACAAUAGGGCGAAGCAAUAUUGCAUUGAUUUGCCUCACUGAAUGACUGAUAAAAAUCUCUCACUCAUUGGAUUUAUUCUUCAAAUUGUGACUGAAGAAUAUCACUUUGAGAAGAGUUUUAGCUUAAGCUUCCCUCCACUAUGUUCAUUUUUUUUUCGCGGGAAAAAUCUAACACAGUUCUUCAUGAACAUUCUGUGCAAUUUAGCCCAUUUUCCUCCUUUUUCCUUCCUCUUUAAUUCCCAUUCUCUGUACAUUCCCUCUGAACUGUAAAUCUCUGCUAUUUUUCUUUUUCCCAAAACAUCUGUCCCUUCUAAUCCCUCCACUUGGAAAAACAAAAAUUGUAUAGAACGAGUUAGAGAAUAAAAUAACGUAAAUUAUAAGAUUAUUAGAAUAAUUUCUAAGAAUAAACAAUUUAAUCCUCCCUAAUUCACAUGAGAGAUUGUAAAAGAAAAAUCCUACUUUUCUGAUUUAAAGAGGAUAUUCUUAUUGUGCUUUCCGGAAAAAAAUAUAUACAGAAAAAAAACCUCGUAAAAAAAAGAUACCAGUGCCAUGUGAAAAUAGCGAAAAGAAUAAAUAGAAAUUAUUGUGAAAAAAAAACAAAUUUUUGGAAGAGAUUGUAUGAGUUUCUUUUAGUAUAAAUUAUUUGGCCUAUAUAUUUAAUUUAAUCGACACUAUAAAUGCAGAGAAAUAACAAGAAUUUCAGACAGCAAAAAGCAAAAACAAAUUUUUUGAAAAAUGGAACGUGCCUAUAAAAAAUAUUUCAAUUGACAACUACAAAAGACAUAGCAAGAUUUAAUAAAAGUUAGAAAAGGAUAUGCCUCCUCUUUGUUGUACCUGUGUUAAAAUAGUUUUUUCAAGAAGGCAAGCAUUAACAAAAAAAAUUAAAAAAGAAAGACAAGACGAGAAAAAGUAAUAAAACUACAAAAAAAAUAAUGAGAAAUUACUAAAAAUCUAAGUGAAAAUUGAAAAAGAAAAUUGUCCAAUGAAAUUAUACAUUCUUUGUCGUCACUAACUCAAUAUAUUUAGUUGAUAAGUAAUUAAAAUACAAAAAAAAACUAUACCUAGUAUGAAAAAAUAUUUUUAAGUAAAAGAAACCCUAUUUAAGACGUAGAAAAAAAAUGAGAUAAAAAUCAAUGAGAUUCUAAUAAUCUUGCAGUAUUCUUUUAAAUUGAGGAAAAAUAUUUAAAUGUUAUAAUGAAGUAUUUUCAAUUUUUCAUUGGAAAAGAAAAAAAAAUAGGUGUGAGGAAAAACGAUUGUAAAUUAUUAUUGAUAUUAUUUUCUUUUUGUUAAUUCUUUGUACAAUCCCCCCC